AUGAUUCCACAUAUUCCCUUUCCUUGUCUCUCUCUCUUGCAUAAUUUUUUGAAUUCUUAUUUCUUUAACUCUGUAUCUAUCUAUAUUGGGUAUGAUAUAAAGUUGACGUUACCACCAAGUCCACUAACCCUAAAAAAGCUGGAAAAUGAAAGACCAGAACUGAGCUUUAUGACCGGUAAUGAGUUGCAUGAUAUUGAUGUCUGCAACCUAAAUGUGGACAGUGGUGACGAGGAGGGGGAGGAAGAAGAAGAAGGCAGCAACAAAAACGACAGUCCCCCACAGAGAUCUAAACGGUUAGGAAUUGGCAGUCACAAAGCUCCAAAGAUUCCAAAGUUACCUCAACCCAGUCGCGCAGUUCUUAUGUUUGAAAGUGUCAAAAAAGGAAUUCGAGAAUUUAUAACAGCUACUCAAGAUGAUAUUGUCCAGUUGAAAAGCCGGGAUGCAAACACAUCCACUGCUCAGGGGAAGUUACAUGAGGCUGACAAGCAAAUCAAAGCAGCUGAACGAUACUUAAAGCGACUUGAAUUCCAUUUAUCAAAAAUUGAUGAGUUACAAGAUUGUUACAUUGUCAAUCAGCAGUUACGGGAAGGUGCUCGCAACAUGGCUAGAGCAUACGCAAACACACCAGGUUAUAAGAAAGGUUCCCUCACCAGUGUUAAGUACGGUUUCAAGGAAUGCUCUCAGACAAUGUGCGCCAUUGAAGCUCAGUUGGAGAGCAUGAUGGGAACAUUCCAUUGCAAAUUGAAAGGUAUGGCUGGUUUUGCUCGUCUCUGUCCUGGUGAUGUAUUUGAAGUGACUAUGCGUUAUGGCAGUCAGAAAUGGAAAGCGAAAGGGAGAAUUGAAAAAGACGGAUCUCAACGAUGGGAUGUGGCGGAUUACAUAUUCAAGACUUUAGUUGGUGACAUCAUCAGUCUAAAAGCAGUAGAAUUACGCAGUCUGAAAUCCGUUCUGUUGGGAGAGAAGAAAUGUGAAACAAAAGACUUGUUUUCUGCCAACCCCCAGAUGAUGACCGUCAGCAUUAACCCAAAUGGCUCUCUGAAGCUUAGCAUCAUAGUAACUUGGAAUCCAUUGGAGGGUGUAGACGAGAGUUUAACCAUCUACGAAGUUCCUCAACGUACACAAGAAACCCCACGGCGACGCCCAGUAUCUGUGCUGGCAGUCAACGGACAGUACUCCCAAAUGUUUGGUAGCCAGUUGGACCUGCUUGGCCAUGAAAGGAGAUACUCCACUCCCGUGUCGUUGCCACAGUCAAAGGAUGAUAGUUACAUUCUUUCGUCGUCAAGCUCCUCGUUGUCUCUAGCUGCAACGGGAUAUUCCAUCACCAAUUCCACGGACAGUGCCAUCUACAUCUCACAGCUUCCGCAGCGUUCAAAUUCUCGUUCCAUGUUGAGUGGCUCGGCAAUGGCCAUGCCACCACCUAUUGCCACGUCGGGUCGCUACCCCUCAGGUUUGGGACAUCAAACAGUGUGUGCUUACACUACAGAUGCUUCCAAUUUGGAAGAUGCACUAAACAGUUUGAGUCUAAGUUUGGAGGAUGUACGUGGACGCUACCAAGAAUUACAGAAGAUUGAGGAGUUGACGGAUGUUUUAAGGAGUUUGUUGAAGAAGAAUUCUCGAUCUAGCUCUUGCUCUUCUAACAUCAGUGUUUCUAUAGAACAUGCUCUGGAGGCUUUUGACUUCCUUAAUACUGAGGAUGGCUUGGAUGAUGCAGACAGUUCUCCAGGAGACAGUCGACGUUCUAGUCUGGAACACAUCCUUACCAGCCCUGAGUCUACAGCCAAGACAACUGACUCCGGCAUUGAAUCCUUGGCCAAGAGGUUGAGUGAAGAUACACAGCUAAGUUCAAGCACCAGUUCCAGCCCAUUACCCCCCAGCACAGGCAAUGAACAUGUGGACCAAGCCUUCAUCUUUCAUCUCAACUACUGUAACAAACUGAUAGAGAACCUUGGAAGUUUUGGUCCUCUGAAGUGCAAAGAGAUUUAUGCGCUGGACAAACUUGAGAAGCAAUCUCAGAUUCUUGAUAGUCUAAUAAACCUUGCCAAAGCUGGAAAUGAUGUUGACUUACAUGCAGUUCUGGCAGAACAGCUGAAUGAUAAACAAUUGAAAGAAUUCUGGGUACAAUGUGUUGAUCAAAACGUGCUGACUGUUCCUGCUGACAAACUUAUUAGCAUGAUGGAACAGAAAUUGUCCAACAGAUUCCAAGACCAGAGUGAUGUGAAACCUUGCCGAGUUUUCUGCCACGUUGUCAGUCGUAUUCUGGAUAUUUCUGAUUCUGAACUGAAAAUGACUCAAAAUGUCUAUGUCACUCUUUACCAAUUUGCUCUCUUCUUCAAACCAAAUGGAUUUGCCUUGGUUGACAAUGUUAUUGAAGAAAUUUCCAUCAGUGACAGAUUGUGUUCAGGGAAUCCAGAAAUUGCCAUCAAGUCAAUCGAGAACCUCCAUGGAACGAUUGCUCCUUCAUUCUGCCUCAAAGUUCUUGGAACUUUGCUUAUUUGUGAUAACAAGGACAUCAGGCAAGCCGCAGCAUCUUAUUUAAAGAAUCUCCAGCAGACACGCAUCAGUCGCGACAAAUCAAUGAUUGUUUAUGUGGAGGCUCUUGAAGACCAGACUGCUGAAGUACGGGCAGGUGCAGCUGUAGCACUGUCAUUAUUACAGGCAAAUGAAAGUAUCCCACAAUUAGUAUACCUUUGUCAAACGGAUCAAUCGCCAUCUGUGACUGCAUUUGUUAAAGAUGCUCUUUAUUCUCUUGGUAUGGAAGGAAGAAAAGCAUAUGAGGAAGCCCAACUUGGCUGUCACGGGUUCCAAGCCAAAUCCGAUCCCACUACCAACCCCAAGCAACUACCCCACCACCACAUGCCAGCUCCCUUUUCUUUAGAAACUACUUCCUUCUCUCGGCUUUCCUCUCUAUUAUCAUGA